AUGGACGAGACGAGCCCGCUGGUGUCGCCGGAGCGGGCGCAGGCCCCGGACUACGGGCUGCCCGGCGGCGCCGUGCGCGCCCCGCCGCCUCCGCCGCCGCCGCCCUCGCCGCCCGGCUCCCCCGGCGGCCGCGACCGCGAGCGGCAGCCGCUGCUGGAGCGCGGCGCGCGCGGCCCCGGCGCGGCGGCGGCGGCGGCGCAGGCCCAGGCGGCGGCGGCCGCCGCGCAGGCCCAGGCGGCGGCGGCGGCGGCGGCGGCUCAGCGGGAGCGCAACGACUUCCCCGAGGACCCCGAGUUCGCCGAGGUGGUGCGGCGGGCCGAGCUGGCCAGCGAGCGCGGCAUCUACCCCGAGCGCAUCUCGCAGGGCUCCAGCGGCAGCUACUUCGUCAAGGACCCGCAGGGGAAAAUCAUUGGUGUCUUCAAGCCCAAAAAUGAGGAACCAUACGGGCAGCUGAACCCCAAGUGGACCAAGUGGCUGCAGAAAUUGUGCUGCCCCUGCUGCUUUGGAAGAGACUGCCUCGUCCUGAACCAGGGCUACCUGUCGGAGGCAGGUGCCAGCCUUGUGGACCAGAAACUGGAACUCAGCAUUGUUCCCCGCACAAAGGUGGUGUAUCUGGCCAGUGAGACCUUUAACUACAGCGCCAUUGACAGAGUGAAGUCCCGAGGAAAGAGGCUGGCCCUGGAGAAGGUGCCAAAAGUUGGCCAGCGCUUCAACCGCAUUGGUCUGCCGCCCAAGGUGGGCUCCUUCCAGCUCUUUGUGGAAGGCUACAAGGACGCAGACUACUGGUUGCGGCGGUUUGAAGCUGAGCCGUUGCCUGAGAACACCAACCGGCAGUUGCUGCUACAGUUUGAGCGGCUGGUGGUACUGGACUACAUCAUCAGGAAUACAGAUCGAGGUAAUGACAACUGGCUCAUCAAGUAUGACUGUCCCCUGGAUAGCGCAGGUGUGCGGGACAGUGAUUGGGUGAUGGUGAAAGAGCCCAUCAUCAAGCUAGCUGCUAUAGACAACGGUUUGGCCUUUCCCCUGAAACACCCGGAUUCCUGGAGAGCAUAUCCCUUCUACUGGGCAUGGCUACCCCAGGCCAAAAUUCCCUUUUCACAGGAGAUCAAGGACCUAAUUCUUCCCAAGAUCUCAGACCCCAACUUUGUCAAGGACCUGGAAGAAGAUCUGUACGAGCUCUUCAAGAAAGACCCAGGCUUUGACAGGGGACAGUUUCACAAGCAGAUUGCUGUCAUGAGAGGCCAGAUUCUGAACCUGACUCAGGCGCUGAAAGAUGGGAAGAGCCCCCUGCACCUAGUCCAGAUGCCACCUGUGAUUGUGGAAACAGCACGUUCCCACCAGCGUACUGCCAGCGAGUCCUAUACACAGAGCUUCCAGAGCCGGAAGCCUUUUUUCUCUUGGUGGUAGCCGUGGGAGCCACGGGCAGGGCUUGGCCACCUCGGACUAGCAUUGCGAGAGGAGCCGGGCACCUGCUGGCUCCUGCGGCCAGGACUUGAUGUUCUGGGAAGAGCGAGCAAGCGUGGCUGGAGGAACCCGCAGCUGAAUUGGAGGAGUGAGGCAGGUUGGGCACGGCCCCUCUUCAGCUCUGUCAGAGCUCGGCGCUGUGCGCGUGCAGCCCUGUCUGGGGAGGAGCCCAGCGAGAGGUGUGGAAAGCAGCUGCAAGCCUUGGCCUGACGGGGACCCUGCCCAUGCGUCCCUCCCUUGGCCUGCAUGCGGGUCUGAGCAUGCCUGCUUGUGGCUGGAAUUAGCAGGGUGCCCGCUGCUGGGGCCAGGAUCCGUCCAGCCCUUCAUGCUAGCCGCUAGCCCUCCUCUUCCCCGCUGUGCCUGCUGCUGGCUCCCAGGCUGGGAAAGCCUGUUGUGGGUUAUACCUCCCUUCCCUGUCCCCAAGGGUGUGCUGUACUCAUCCUUUCUCCUCUCUGCCCUGUCCCUGUGCACGCUGCUUUCCUCAGGGGGAGUUCCUGCUGCCUGCUGGUGCAGUGGGGACCGUAACGAACAGCUGUUCUCUGGCUGGGGCUCUGGGCAGGGAGGGAGAUGUGUGAGGGAAGUCCCCUGCUCUAGCCUGCUCCUUGGGGCUGAUUGGGAUGCUCUUAGGCACUAAAGGGAGGAGGUGUUUGCUGGUCCUUGUGAAAAGCAGGCAGCUCUGGGAGGUGCUGUGGCCUAGCCACCCUCUCUGCAGGUGUGGUGCCUGCAGGAGCUCGCCUGUCCCCUGGGGGAGGAGGCCCAGGGCAGGUGUGAGCAGCCUUGUGCUUGCUGGUCCCAGUCAAUCCAUUCUGCCAGGUCUGUCUCUACAGCUGCUCUUGUCUGGCUUUCACCCCUGCUCCCAGCAAGUUCCCUGGCUGCUGUGCAGCCAGGGCUGGGCCAGCUAACCUGCCCCCCAACCUCACUUGUGUCUCAGUGCCCUUGAGGGAAAGGGGGUGGCUGGAGAAAUUCUUCCUGCUAGGUGGGUGGGAGCCACAGCAGAGGAGCCAUGUGGGGAGCAUGUGAGGUCCAGCAGAAGCUCCUAGUUAACCCAGUGCUGACAAUCUUGAGGGCUCGGUGCAGGCUUGUGAGGCAGCGGGUUUCCCUCUCCUCAAGAGCUGCCAAGCUGUUGUGCAAAAUGGUACCAGGGCUGCUGCCUGCAUCUGCUUGCCUAGAGCUGAGGCUUUUCAUGCUGCUGGGGGAAGCUGGGAGUGGACCUUGCUGUCCUAUUUGCCCAUGUUGGGGGUAGGGGGUGAAGACUGGCUGGGGUCCUGCUGCUUCAGCCUGAGGUCUCAUUUGUUUCUAGUGAGGUGGAAGGUGCUCAGUGCUGGCUAUGCUUGUGCAGGGGGAAAGAUACUGCAAGCACAGGGGGGGUAGGGGUAAUAAUAUCCUGGCUGCCUGGCCAGGCCCAGCUGCACCUCCAUCUGACCUGAAAUGUAUUGUUCUAAUGCACUGUAGAAAUGUAUGUAAUGUAUUUAAACCAUGCAACUGUCUGAAUAACAGAGCUGCCGUUCA